AUGACACUGAAAAAGGUGUGGGCAGACGCGAAUGGCAGAGAGAUCGAUGCCGAAGAGUAUCAGGCACGUCAACGCCGCAAGAAGGAACGAGAAGAGGGAAUCACCCCAAGCCCGGAAGUGGCCAAAUCGGGCUGUUGCGGGACCCCAAAUCCCACCGUACGAUCCGAGUCGAUAUCGAAUGGAGCCCUAGGAGGUUGUCGACACAGACAGAAUGUCACUAUUAAACAGCCUCAAGCAGACAACCGGACCGAAGACCCUGCACACAUCACUACCAGCAUUCCAGACGACUCCUGGGUCGCCGCCUGCUCUUGUGGCUCGGCUUGUUCUUGUCUGUAUUGUCCCGAUCAUCCUAACAACGAGACCUCGAUCAAGCAUACCCAACAACAGGUCAAGAAUCUUGCGGAACAGGCCUCGAUGGGCGAAGGUCUAAUGUCUGCCUCUUUCAUGCCGGAAAACACGACACGGUCAUGUAUGGGAGGGCGUCCGUCAUUUUUCUUUUCAAGGACACCCGGAGUCUCGCAGCGGCAACUGGAACAGUUCUUCUCCCAAAGUCCAGACCCCGAUGCAAUCUACCUGGCUUAUCCCAUUCAACAACACUCAUGGACGAACCAGCCCGUCAGUGCACAAUGCUCUCACAUUCACUCGCCUGCUGGAUAUGUAGCGCCCACACCAGAUACGGCGGAGAGACACAUCGACCCCGUUAAUGACAUGCCCGCUCUACCUACUCCAUGGGAUCUGCUACCUAACGAUUCCACGGGUACGUGGAACUUUUCAGAUGGUCAGAUGGGGAACACGUCCUUCAGCUGGAUUGACCUUGAUGCUUCCCGAGGCACCGAUUAUAAUAUUGGUCAAGCCAGGGUUUCUUCAAUGGCAAACUGGAGCAAUCUCAUGAUGUCGUCUGCUUCACCAAAUCAACAGGCGCCGACUGUCGAUCUGAACCUUGAUUCAGUGGCCAGUCCAGCCAACUUGGACUGCCUUCCGACCCUGGACGCGAACGACUUUGGUACCUCGUGCUGCCAAUAUGACCCAGACAACGAGUAUGUCAAUUUUGAUGUUCGUCCUGCAGGAGAUUCCUCGAUCGAAAACGUUCAAGCACAAAGCCAGACCAUCACGCCAAUGUUUCCACAGGACAAAUCAUACGGCGAGCUGGCGCUGAACAGGCUUGGUAAUGUAGAACUUCAGUCUCUGUUAGAGCCCCAACCGCAUGUACCGCAUGUAUUACACCAAGCUGGAAUAUCACAUCAGAUUGCUACCGGCCCCAUGAGCAACAUGGACGGAAAUCUGGCGCCUUGGAACGGAUACGACCCGCUGAUGAAUGACCAGGCAAUGCCCCAGUUCAUAGGCAUAUCGGGGCCAAACUCUCCGCCCAUUCCCAACGGUGUAUGA